GUGGUAUAGUCAGUAGCUCUGGACAUUAUCAUGAGUUUUGAGCCAAACAGUAAGUACUAUUGUGUGGGCCCUAGAACUUCAGAGAAGAGGAAUGACAUGGAGCUGAAUGAUUAUUGGUCAAUUGAUGUCUUAUUUCCAGUGUUUUAGCAGUGUAUUGUUGUGGCUCAGCACGCAUGGCUAUUUGUUUGUGUAUGUGUUUGUGCUGUUGACAUGUAGGCUAGUCCUAACUAAAGGGUGUGAGGGGCUGAGCUGUGGGAAUGAAAGCUGAGCUAUAGGAAUGAAAAAAGUAGCAACAGUGACCUCAUGACAAUUGAAAACAGAGCAGUGAAAUAUGGUGAGUUAGAAAAUAUAAAUAAUAAUGAUGUUACAUGGUUGACAAAUUACAAGGUCCAGGCACUCUAGUGCAUUAAAUAUUCAACCAUAUACCUUCUUUUUGUAUUUGAUUUUCCAUGUGUUCCUUUCUACGACCCCAUUCAAUAUCAACCAGCAGAUGUUUUUUGAUACCUGUAGCUCUCUCGACACAAAGUUGUUGUCCAAAAUCAGUAUGGAUUAUGAUUUUGGACAACAACUUUGUGUCGAGAGAGCUACAGGUAUCAAAAAAACAUCUGCUGGUUGAUAUUGAAUGGGGUCGUAGAAAGGAACACAUGGAAAAUCAAAUACAAAAAGAAGGUAUAUGGUUGAAUAUUUAAUGCACUAGAGUGCCUGGACCUUGUAAUUCGUCGACCAUGUAACAUUGUUGGGGUGGGGAUUUGAUUCUUCCUGUGUUCCUUUUCAUAGAUUAUGAUUUAUUAUAACAAAGUGGCUUUGUUUGACUAACUUACUGCUAUUGACAUUCCUUUGAUUUAGAGUUACCUAAAGUACAACUAUCAUAUUUCCUAACUAACUUAUCUUGUGUGUGUGUGUGCUUAAGAGUGGGGGUUACGACGUGGACCUGUUUGUGGACGGUCCAGACUAUGAUCUGCUCUGCACCAUCUGUAGAUCUGUCCUGAGGUGUCCUGUCAGAGCGGCCUGUAACCAUAUCUUCUGCAAAACCUGCAUCCUACAGUGGCUCAGGAGGUACAGUACACUGGAUCAUGUCCUCAGUGUAACCUUAACUGGUUAUUCAUAAGAAAAGGCAGUAGCUGUAUUAUUAUGAAAGGUUUGAAGCAACAUGUGUUUCUAGGACACAAAAUUCAGAUUUUGGGCACAUUUUCACAGUGCUUAAAGAUGAUUACCAUCUAAUUUCUUCAGGUUUCUACUGUAGAAAGGAACAUUUUAAAGUGUAACAUUUAUUUUAUUGAUUCAAUUCAGCUUUCUUCUCUAGACAGGAGACGUGUCCCUGCUGUAGGAGACCUAUCAGUCCCAGCUUUAUGUUUGUCAUGUACAAAUUGCGUAAAACUAUCAGCCGCCUCAGGAUUAAGGUGAGACAUCCCAGCCUGAUGUUGCUAAAUGUUUCUUUAAUGUAAUGGGGUUAAUGUUUCUCAAGAAGCAAUGUGUGAGGGUCACAUAGUAGGAAGUACAUUUGAUUUUUCAAGCAUAGAGGAACUCAGGGAAGGGUUGUCAAACUUUUUAUUUUGCUUUGGGGGGGGGGGGGGGGGGGGGGGGUUGUGUUAUUUUUUAUUGGGUACAGGGGAAGGUAGUGCAUUUUUUCCCUUGUUUAUAUUCAUUUUUUGGCCAGGGUUUACUAUAUCAUUUCUUCCUUCCUUACACUCUUAGAAAAAAAGGUGCUAACUAGAUCCUUAAAGGGUUCUUCGGCUGUCCCCAUAGGAGAACCCUUUUUGGUUGCAGGUAGAACCAUUUUGGGUUCCAUGUAGAACCCUUUCUACACAGGGUUCUACAUGGAUCCCAAAAGGGUUCUACCUGGAACCAAAAAGGGUUCUACGUGGAACCAAAAAGGGUUCUCCUAUGGGGACAGCCAAAGAACCCUUUUGCAACCCUUUUUUCUAAGAGUGUAGCCAAAUUUCCUCAUCUACUUGCAUGCGCCUCCUCUAUAUCAAGGUGUGUUGGUACUUCCCUUAUGCAUUACACUUUUCCGCACACUAACUUUUAUUAUAAACCGUUGGUUCGAGCCCUGAAUGCUGAUUGGCUGAAAGACCAUAUACCACAGGUAUUCCCCAAAACAUUUUUUUACUGUUCUAAUUAUUUUGGUAACCAGUUUAUAAUAGCAAUAAGGCACCUCAGGGGUUUGUGGUAUAUGGCCAAUAUAUCACGGCUAAGGGCUGUAUCCAGGCACUCCGGUUUACAUCGUGCAUAAGAACAGCCCUUAGCCCUGGUAUAUUGGCCAUAUACCACACCCCUCAUGCCUUAUUGCUUAACUAUACCACAGGUCAAUAUAAUCUACCAGUCUAACUGUCUAUCCUGCCCUCUAUCCACCAUUCAUAGUGACAAUAGUGGUAGGUGGAUCGUUUGUCCAGAUCUGCAAUAGGCUAACUAGCAAUCAUACCACAUAUACAUUGUGAUGAGGUGUGAAUGAAGGAGUCAGGCGCAGGAGGAAAACGCACCCAGCGUCAAAACGAAACUAUCACAAGGGAAAUAUUCCACCUUGGCAAUAACAACCGAGCUACUCGUUCUCACAAUGAAACAAUCACUCACAAAGACAAGGGGAACAGAGGGAACACUUAUACACAUACUAAUUAGGGGAAUGCUAGUAAGCCGGUGACGACGAACGCCGAAACCUGCCCGAACAAGGAGGGGAGGCAGCCUCGGCGGAAGUCGUGACAUAAAUGCAUUCAAAGCUGCAUACAUUUUCCAUAGUAAUCCACACGAACAAUCACGAACAAUCAGGAAUAGCUGAUAGGCAGGGGAGACAUGAGACAUGCAGCUCAGAAAGCUCCCCUAUUGAUCUUGUUUAGGGACAAUACAAUGAUCCUACCUAGACUAGCCUACAACACCACAAUGCAAAUUUUUUGCAAUCGGGGAAUACCCUUUGUUUUGGGCAGGGGGAGAAAGGGGGAGGGGGACAAAAGCCUCCCCUUAUGGGCUUUUUGGGCCCCGCCCCUAGGGCUAGGGGGGUAAAACCCCCCAAGUUCUUUAUUUAUUGGGGCCCCAAGUGGGGUUUUUCUCUUAAGGGAAUCUUUAAUUUUGAAAAAUGAAAAAACCCUUGGAAAUUGAAAAACCGGACCCCUUUUGUGGUCUUCCCCGACAAAUUUUUAAAAAAUCAAUAAGCCAAAAGGGUGUAAAUUUCUGUAACUUUUAAUGGCGUCGUUAAUCUUUGUUUAAAGUUCCCAAAAAAUGUGGAAAUAUUUUCCCGGCAUCCCCCAUAAACCAGGGAAAGCCUUCCUCCUUUAAUCGCACAUUCCCUUUCCCCACCCCAAACCUAAAAAACCCAAAUACCCAAAAAUUUUUUUAACUUUUUGGUUUAAAACCUUUUAUUGUAAAAAAGGUUUUUAAUCAAGGCUUUAAAAGUUCCGACAGUCCCCCCAAAAAUUAAACCAAACUUAAAAAACCCAAAGUCUAACUUUUCCUGUUUUAAUUUAAAAUCCUGUAAUAAAAAAACCAUUUUUUAACCGGCACCGGGUUUUUUGGAAAAUUUUCCCCAAAAAACCCCCCCAAAGGCCAUACCAAAACCAUAAACAUUUAAAAAAAAAGGCAAAAAGCCUUUUUUCUUUCUUGUAAAUAGAUUUUCCCAGCAAAUUUUGGGCCACUUUCGGGGGUUUUUUAUUUUUCUUUUUCACAAAAUAAAAGUACACAAAAUAGGGAAAAAAAUUGGGGACAUGUAGUCCAAAAAAAUUUUUAAACUACAAAAACAAAUAAACCCCCCUUUCCUUUUACAUUUUUCAACUCGGCUUCUUCACCAAACUUCACCGAAGCCUUUUCCAAAAUCCUUGGGUGUUCCCACCGUAUGCUGGCCUUGGGGUCUUUUUCCCUUUUUUGGGGGCCGAUCCAUAAACCAUCUCAAUUGGGUUGAGGUCGGGGGAUUGUGGAGGCCAGGUCAUCUGAUGCAGCACGCCAUCACUCUUCUUCUUGGUCAAAUAGCCAUUACACAGCCUGGAGGUGUGUCGGGUCAUUGUCCUGUUGAAAAACAAAUGAUAGUCCCACUAAACCCAAACCAGAUGGGAUGGCGUAUCGCUGCAGAAUGCUGUGGUAGCCAUGCCGGUUUAGUGUGCCUUGAAUUCUACAUAAAUCACAGACAAUGUCACCAGCAAAGCACCCCCACAUCAUAACACCUUCUUCUCCAUGCUUUACAGUGGGAAAUACACAUGCGGAGAUCAUCCGUUCACCCACACCGCGUCUCACAAAGACACAGCGGUUGGAACCAAAAAUCUCCAAUUUGGAUUUCCACCGGUCUAAUGUCCAUUGCUCGUGUUUCUUGGCCCAAGCAGGUCUCUUCUUCUUAUUGGUGUCCUUUAGUAGUGGAAGGCCUGAUUCACAUAGUCCCCUCUGAACAGUUGAUGUUGAGAUGUGUCUGUGACUUGAACUAUAUGAAGCAUUUAUUUGGGCUGCAAUUUCUGAGGCUGGUAACUCUAAUGAACUUAUCCUCUGCAGCAGAGGUAACUCUGGUGUCUUCCAUUCCUGUGGGGUCCCAUGAAGGGUUUCUCAUAAAUUUUGGGUUUUUGACUGCAUUGAAAAAACGAAAUUCUUGAAAGUUCCAUAUACCCCUCACUUAAAUAAAAGAGGACUGGGCUUCUCUUCUUAUUUUGCUUUUCUUCCUAAUUGGGGGGUCCCCUUUUAAAAAGGGCUUUUCUUUUUACCCCCCCCCGUCACAAAACAAUAUUUUCUCAAACCCUUUAAAAAGAAAAAAAAAACCCCCAAAAAUAAUUUUAGAAGCACCCCGUUAAUUUAAAUGCAAAAUUCCCGGGGGACUACCCCUUAAUUUGAAGAAUGCCAAAUUUUGGCAAAAUGUUCAAAAAGGGUGUAUUUUAAAAUUUUCCCAAAUUAAAUUUUUUUGAUUUUUUAAAAACUUUUUGGACUCAACCAUUUUUUAUUAAUAACUUAUAUUAUUCCAAGUAAAAAAAUAAAAAAAAAAGAACCCGGAUAUGGUUUCCAAAAUUUUAACUUACUUAUUUUGGGCAAAGGAGAAAAUUAAACAUGAGACCUGGAAUGAGUAGGUGUCCAACCCUUGAGGUACUUUUGGUACUACAUGAUCCAUAUGUUUUAUUAAUAGGAUGUCUUCACAUUUUUACAAUGUAAUGGAAAAGUAGUGAGGGGGUCCAAACGACUGGUACUGUAUGUAUAAUGGACAAAUGGAAAUAAGUCCCCGACUUUAUUGUGCAAAAAUCUUUGUACUGUGUGUACAUACAGUGCCCUCUUUAAUUAUUGAGACAGUGAAGCAUUUUUUAUUAUACUCCAAAAGUUUGGAUUUGAAAUCAAACAAUGACUAUGAGGUUAAAGUGCAGACUGUCAGCUUUAAUUUGAGGCUCUAUUUUUUUUUACAUGUUCCCCCCAUUUUAGGGGAGCAAAUCGUGAAUACUCAUGAGUGAGAAAGUUACCAAUGCACAAAUACCACACCCCUCUCACCAUUACAAUAACAUGGGAGGUUAGCAUCUGUAACUUUCUCACUCAUCAUUAUUCAUGAUUCAUUCAGGAUUAUCCGUAAUCGUGGUAGCAUCCACAUUCAUGUAGAAGAGUUCAGAAAGAUAUUCUAUUCUUAUUUACAAUAAAAGUGACUCCAACAUGACACAAUACAUUAUCUACCAAUCAUUCUAAAAAUAAUCUGAAACACAACAAAAACAAACAUCCAAUACAUUUGUAGUCACAAGCUCGAUGUAGUCAUUGCGUGCUAUGAAUAUGGGGCCAAAUACUUAACUUUUUACUACUUUAAUAAAAAUAGAAGUGAAUUUGUCCCAAUACUUUUGGUCCCCUAAAAUGAGGGGCUGUGUACAAAAAGUGCUGUAAUUUCUAAAUGGUUCACCCAAUAUGGAUGUAAAUACCCUCAAAUUAAAGAUGACAGUCUGCACGUUAACCUCACAGGCAUUGUUUGAUUUCAAAUCCAAACUUAUUAAGUAUAGAGCCAAAAGAUCAAAAUAUACUUUACUGUCCCAAUAUUUACGGAGGGCACUGUAUGUGCUUUUUUUUUACUGACAAAUAAAAUCAAUCAAUCAUUUUACAUUUACAUUUUAGUCAUUUAGCAGACGCUCUUAUCCAGCAUACGUUUUUUUUUUUUUUUUUUUUUUUUUUAUACUGGCCCCCCGUGGGAAACGAACCAACAUCCCUGCCGGCCAAACCCUCCCCUACCUUGGAUGACGCUGGACCAAUUGUGCGCCGCCCAUGGGUCUCCCGGUUGCGGCCGGCUGCGACAGAGCCUGGACUCAAACCAGGAUCUCUAGUGGCACAGCUAGCACUGCGAUGCCAUUUGAUGAAUGGAAAGAGACAUCUGAUACAAAACACCAAAACGUUUAAUGACAUUCAGAGAUUGUUAAACCAAGCCUCUGAUAUUGGGUAGGCCUACAAGGUAGGGAGGGAUGUCUUUUCUGUUUGUCCAGAUUGACAUAGUCUAUUUGCUGUGGUGUUGAAAACGCAAAUAUUGCGUUAUUGUUAUUGAAGCGCCCGAAGUCGGUAUGCUUUGUUUCUUGUCUGUAUGGUGCAUUGGCACAGAAAAUGAAACAGGCAGAGAGACUGAGCUCGACCGCUCUGGUCAGCGAACCCUCAACCUUCUGGCCCGUAGCCCUGCGUGGCAUCGACUGUGCCACAAAAGCAUGCUGAAAUGGUAAAGUCGAUAUCUACGUUUAUAAACACAGGGUGACUACAGUCGUAAACAUGUGCACAUUUUUUUAUAGUACAAGGGGAGGGUCAUGUGAAAAUAUGUUUUACGUUGGGGAUUUUUUUUUUUAUGACACCUUGAGCUAGACCAGCCCCCCCAGUACAUUUCGAACUCUCCCUAAAUAAUUUAAACAACUGACCACAAUCUUUGACUUCCACUUUCCCAGUCUUCCACUUCCUCUCCUCUCUCCUCUCUGCUUUCCCCUUCUCACUCUCCCAUGUAGUGUAACAACGAUGGCUGCUCGGCCACCUUCCCUCUGUCUGAGGAGUUCCUCCAUAGUUCCUCCUGUCAGUUCCAGAGGGUCCCAUGCCCCCACCAGGGCUGUGGUUCCUUGGUGCACCGGUCAGCCCUGGAGGUCCACUCACAGCACUGCCAGCAUUGGAGCCAGCUCUGCACUAUGGGCUGUGGUACUCUGCUCACACAGGCCACCCAGCCCCAACACAACUGCUUCAGGUGGGUGGGUGUUAAAACACUGGGAGUGGGUGGAUGAGGUGAGACAGAAUGAACAUGGCGUUUGUAUCUUACAUUUAGAAGCUUUCCUCACUUUCCUUCUUUUGUAGUAGAUGAGGUGAGUUUUCCUGUCAAUUCAAACUGAAUAUCACUGAAAAGGAAAGGAAUGAUAUUCCGUUUGGUUUCCAGGCUAGAAUGUCCCCUUUACAAUAUACAAAUUAUCUUGGUGUAAAUGGAUGAAUCCUGUUUGAUGAUGAUUAUGGUUACCCCAGGCAGCUGAAGCAGCAGGUGGAGUCCCAGAGGCAGAACCACAGAGCCAUCGCUAGCGCCCUCAGAAGGAAGAUGAGGAGAAUGCAGACCACAAUGACACAAGUCAGGAGGCAGGUGGCACUCAUCUGUGAAAGCCUAGAGGUCAUGGGAGAGGGGGAGGAGGGACAGGGAGAGGGGGAAGGAGAGGGGGAGGGGGAGACUACAGGGGAGAGUAACACAAGCAUCAGUAGCAGCAGCUCCUAA